CGCUGUAAGCCGCGGGCGCAGAGGAGCUGGGGGUUCUUGCCAGGGAGUCCGCAAGACUCAACGCGGCCGCCCGGAGCAGCGCAGGGGGCGGGCGCGGGCAGGGCCGGCUUUUCUGUCGGAGGACGCAGGCCCGCGCGCCGCGCCUUUAAAGCGCCGAGCCGAGCGGGUUGCAGGGGCUGAGAGCUGCGCCCGCACGAGAGCUGCCGCGCGACCAGAGCCCGGGGCUGGGGUCCGAGGGCGGGGAUCGCGGACGGGCUGCGGGACCCAGACGGCUGAAGACCGGUCAGAUUUCUUCUUUGACCUCCUUCAAGCCUAAGCCUGGGUCAUUAUCUGAAAUGCCCUGCCCUUUGUGCACAUUGAAAUCGCCAGUGCAGAUUGCUUAAUUGGGGGAGGUGACCUGAACAAGAGGCGGGCUAUAAAGCCAUGGGAUUUUUGUAUUUUGCCUGGGAGAUACACCUCCAUUGAAAAUCUCAUUCUCAGCUUCUGCCAGAGCCUGUAGCAACUGGGAGAAAAAGACUGUGCUCUUUGAAAAGUGUCAGCCAGCCUUAAACGGCAGGAUGGAUCUUGACGUGGUUAACAUGUUUGUGAUCGCGGGUGGGACCCUAGCCAUCCCAAUCCUCGCAUUUGUAGCCUCCUUUCUCCUGUGGCCUUCAGCGCUGAUAAGAAUCUAUUAUUGGUACUGGCGGAGGACGUUGGGUAUGCAGGUCUGCUAUGUUCACCAUGGAGACUAUCAGUUCUGUUAUUCCUUCCGGGGCAGGCCUGGGCACAAACCCUCCAUCCUCAUGCUCCAUGGGUUCUCUGCACACAAGGAUAUGUGGCUCAGCGUGGUCAAGUUCCUUCCAAAGAACCUGCACGUGGUCUGUGUGGACAUGCCAGGACAUGAGGGCACCACCCGCUCCUCCAUGGAUGACCUGUCCAUAGACGGACAAGUCAAGAGGAUACGCCAGUUUGUAGAAUGCCUCAAGCUGAACAAAAAACCCUUCCACCUGGUAGGCACCUCCAUGGGCGGCCAUGUGGCUGGGGUAUAUGCUGCGUACUACCCAUCGGACAUCUGCAGCCUGUCUCUUGUGUGCCCCGCUGGCAUGCAGUACUCGACUGAUAAUCAAUUUGUACAACGGCUCAAAGAACUGCAGAACUCGGCCGCCGUAGAGAAGAUUCCCUUGAUCCCGUCCACCCCAGAAGAGAUGAGUGAAAUGCUCCAGCUCUGCUCCUAUGUCCGUUUCAAGGUGCCCCAGCAGAUCUUGCAAGGCCUUGUUGAUGUCCGCAUCCCUCAUAAUGACUUCUACCGAAAGCUGUUUCUGGAAAUUGUCAGUGAGAAGUCGAGACAUGCUCUCCAUGAGCACAUGGACAAGAUCAAGGUGCCGACGCAGAUCAUCUGGGGGAAACAAGACAAGGUCCUCGAUGUGUCUGGGGCAGACAUGUUGGCCAGGUCAAUCGCCAACUGCCAGGUGGAACUUCUGGAAAACUGUGGGCACUCGGUGGUGAUGGAGAGACCCAGGAAGACAGCCAAGCUCAUCGUCGACUUUCUAGCUUCUGUGCACAACGCAGACAACAAGAAGCUGGACUGAGCCCCCACCUGCACCUUGCGUCUUGCACACAGCGUCCACUCCCACCUCCAGACUCUGACGCAGCCACCACUUCUCAGGGAUCCUGCCCCCAAUGUGGCCGGAGCGCCAGUGUCCCUGAGGAAGCUGGGCUUCCCUCCCCAGUAUCUGCUGUUCCACAGAGCUUCAGGGGCCAUAAGGAAACCUCCAAGAUGUUUUUCACAAAGUGGAAACUCAUAUGAAACAAAAGGAUAAAACCCAGCCGUGAGCUCUACCAAGAAGUCUUCAAUCUCAUAUCACUGUCAAGCUUGUGCAAAGCAGCCACCUUGGAUCAUAAUCAUAAAGGACGCUCUCUUGAAGAUUUCCUUAACAGUCCGAUACACGAGGUACUUCUGUUGCCUCACAUGUACUCCCCUGCAUGGUCAGUGGCCAUUAUAGAAAUAUUCGUGCCCAUUCGCUGAGCCCCUCUUGUCUAUGUCUAAUUCAAGUUUUACAUAGAAACUCACGUAUGAACACAGCCCCUCAGCAGCAAGACCAGGGAGGAACAUGGUGAGCUGCAGGAAAUGUUAACAGGCACCAGAGGGGUUCCUUCCGCCUCGUCCAGCCCUGGGAGCUGCUGGAGCAGCAGGGACCCUAGGUGGUUGGUUCAUUCAGCACCCAGAUAUGUCACGAGCGAACCCAGAACAGUCGCAGUACAAAGGACACCUGGCAGGGUGGGUUUCCUGGGGAUAAUUUAUUAUUUUAAAAAAUAGGACUAAUAAAGCAAUAAUGUUUUAGCCAUCCAUCUAAAUGAUCAAAUUCGGGUUCCACACCCAAGCAACUCAUGGGCCUCUUUUCUAUUUUGCUGUGCUCCUGAAAACCCUUGGAUGUAAAAUAACUAAUUUGUUAAUGAAUUCUGUGAAUUCCGUGAACAGUAAUGUGAUUGAAAAUAAGUCUAAACAGCUGUAAAAGUGACCAAAAUGACAUGAAAUAAAUGUAGUAAGUCUGGA